UCGUUGGAACCAAGAAAAAAAUAUACAAUUCCCUGUUAUGGAGUUCAUACCUACAUUCUUCCUCGCGUUCCUGCUAUCGGUGACAACGUUAGCUCAAGAUACCUUAUUCGCAAGUUUAGGAUUCGUCUGUCCACAAGGGUAUACUAAGAGACCAGGAUCCAUAAGCUGCUACAAAUUUUAUUGGAAAGAAGCUGGCCAAGGCGUGGAUUGGCAGACCGCCACUCAGCAAUGCGUCGUUGAUCAUAAAUUCGGAAAGUUGUUGGUUAUCGAUGAUAUAGGCGAAUACGAAUUCAUCAAAUUCUUAUGGCCAGUGUGCAAAGGUACGGACUGCGAUAAACAGUACUUUUGGAUCGGGGCAACCAAUGUCGGUGAUUGGGAAUGGAUCGACGAAACUCCGAUUCCUUAUAACGCACCAUGGGAUUACGGCUUCCCAACUAAAGAAGGAAAAUGUGCAGCCUUAGAAUUCAAAAAUUAUAGAGUGCUAAUAGUUAACGCGGCUUGUUACGUCCCGUUUUACUUUAUUUGCGAAAUCGAUCUAACCCCAGACCCGUGCCAAAACUCGCCCACUUUCAGUAAAAGAUCCUUGGCAUCUUCUUCCGCCGAAAAUUCCUUAGCAACAGCUGGUAACACCAAAUCGAUCCAAAAAAGAGCUAGUUUUCAAGACCAGUUUAACGCGAACGAUCCUAAUUUAAGGUUCGAUGAUAGAGAUGAAAACUUCAGGAGAAAUUUUCGCGUUAACGAUAAUAGGAUGCCGGUCUUAAUGAAUCAAGAUUCCCGCCAAAGCCCCAGCAGAAUGAACACUAAUUCCAUAGUGAUCGGUAGUAAUAGUGCCAGAUCGAACGAUAUCGACAGGGUUCAGGUCUUGCCAGGUACCAUCAAUGCUAAACCUCUCGUUGUAGAACAAGUCUCCCGAGGCGGGUCUCCGUCACCUAGAGAUAGUUCCAUUUUAAACCGAUUUUCUUCUCCAGUCUAUUUUCCCCAUCCGUUCUAUAAUAGAAAAUUCAUAUAUUGUUCGCUGGAAAAAGGCCGCCUCGUCAAAAAUUGCCCCUACGAUUGGUAUUGGAAUGUGGAUAUUAAACGUUGUUCAAAACAAGCCUUUGGCAGCGAUGAAAAUCCUAUGACGUCAGGAAUGAGCGGUGGAAUGGGAGGCAUGGGCACCGGAAUAGGAAAAAUGGGUGAUGGAAUGGGAGGAAUAGGUGGUGGAAUGGGAGGAAUCGGUGGUGGAAUGGGAGGAAUCGGUGGUGGAAUGGGAGGAAUCGGUGGUGGAAUGGGAGGAAUUGGCGGUGGAAUGGGAGGAAUUGGCGGUGGAAUGGGAGGAAUUGGCGGUGGAAUGGGAGGAAUUGGAGGUGGAAUGGGAGGAAUUGGAGGUGGAAUGGGAGGAAUUGGAGGUGGAAUGGGAGGAAUUGGAGGUGGAAUGGGAGGAAUUGGAGGUGGAAUGGGAGGAUUUGGAGGUGGAAUGGGAGGAAUUGGAGGUGGAAUGGGAGGAAUUGGAGGUAGACAAGGCAGGAAGAAGAGAGCCCCGUAG